ACUAUAAACUCCCAAUUUCUCGUUUCUCGGGCCAUCCAACUACUCACGGAUAUCAAGGAUUUUUCUCUCCCCCCUUUUCAAUUUUCCCCCAAAUUAACCCUCCCCCAUCUUCUCCUUAUUAUAUUCAUCAAUCCCAAUUCCAAUUCCAUUUUCCUGCUCGUGUUUUUCGCUCCACACCGCUUUUCUCCUUCGUCUCCACUCCAACUGCUGCUUCAAUUUGAUCGCCAUUGCCAUCAAUCACAAGCUUUUCCUUUUCAUUUUAUGGAUUGAACUCAAGGAAUUAUGGAUAGCUUCAGCAACAAUGGCGAUGAUUAUGAUGAUUUCGAAUCGAAAUAUUUUGAUGCUGAGGAGCACAUUGUGCAGCAGCAGGAAUCUGAUGCUGUUUUUGAUUCCUCAGUAAUUAGAAAUUGGGGAUAUGAUGUUUGGAUAACUGCUCCUCAAAGUGUCUCCGAACGUCGUAGGGAUUUUAUCCGAUGGAUGGGAGGGAAUUCUGUCGAUGCAUUUGAUGGUAUUAGUAGUACUAGUAGUAACUUUGAUGAUUUUCAGACAGGAGAUAUGGAUAGAGUAAUGGAGAAUCGCGGGAGAAUUUCAAGUUGUAAUGAAGUUGAAUGUUCGUCUACCUGUAAUAAAGAUGAGUUGCAUUUGUCUCCGGGGUUGGAUUCAUACGAGCAACGAGAUGUGGAUAAGAAUUUCGAUGACAUUAAUGGAAGUGGGACAAUAACAGGGUGUAAAUUGAGGAAUAGUUGGUUGAGUAGAUUAAGGUCGAUGACUUGCAUGAUGAGCUGGAAUGUCGAAGACGAGAAUGACGGUUACAACCAGGAUCAAAGGAUUCAGAGAGUUAAGGUUCAUCACUAUCGAAGAAAAUUGAAAGAAUUUUCGGCACUAUUCACCGGACAAGAUAUUCAAGCCCACGAGGGGGUUAUUACAGCCAUGAAAUUCAGUCACGACGGUCAGUACCUCGCCAGCGCCGGCGAAGACAAAACGGUUAAAGUUUGGCAAGUCGUGGAAGACGAAAGAUUGGACACUGUCGAUAUCCCGGAUGCUGAUCCGUCUUGUGUCUACUUUUCGUUGAAUCAUUUGUUAGAGUUGCGACCGAUAAUGGUGGAGAAAGAAAAAGCUAAAAACCCCGACAGUGUAAGAGGGAGACAAGAUCCGGCGUGUAUCGUUUUACCCUCGAAGAUUUUCCGAAUUCUCGAAAAGCCAUUGCAUGUCUUCCGAGGACAUACCGGGGAAAUCUUGGAUCUUUCGUGGUCGACGAACAACUGUCUGCUUUCUUCGUCCGUCGAUAAAACUGUGCGCCUGUGGCAAGUUGGAGUCGAAAAAUGCAUCAAGGUUUUCCCGCACGGAGAUUACGUGACCUGCAUUCAAUUUAACCCCGUCGACAACGACUACUUUGUCAGCGGUUCGAUCGACGGGAAGAUUCGAAUAUGGCAAAUCAGCGGCUGUAGGGUUGUCGACUGGAACGAAACAAGGGGUAUAAUUACUGCUGUUGCUUACCGGCCUGAUGGUCAGGGUGGUAUUAUUGGCUCCAUUGGAGGACUUUGCUGCUAUUUCGACUUAUCGGAUAAUCACUUGCAGUUGGGAACUCAGAUGUGCCUAUCCACGAAGAAGUCGCCGUGCAAACGGAUAACUAGCUUUCAGUUUUUACCGCGAGAUCCAAGGAAAGUUUUGGUCACUUGUGCUGAUUCAAAUGUUAGGAUCAUUGAUGAGAUGAAUGUGACUACUAAAUACAAGGGCGUUCGCGGUGCCGGGAACUUUACUUCUGCAUCCUUUACCGUUGACGGAAUGCAUAUCGUCUCAGCAUCGGAUGAUUCGAAUGUAUGCAUAUGGAACUAUUCCGAUCCGGAGGAGUCUUCGAUCUCGCAACCGAAUACUAUUAGGUCGCUCGAGUGUUUCUCCGCCGACGCAUCGGUUGCGAUACCGUGGCCGGGUUUGAAAUCGAGCAAUUCAUCGUCGUCUGCCAUCACUUCGCCUGCUCUAUUCUCCUUAAGCCAAGAAUACUUCUGCGACUCGACUUCUAAGGUAUCGGCAACUUGGCCGGAGGAGAAACUUCCCGACAAAGCCACCACCGCCGCGGCGGCGGCGGCCAAAUCUCCGAUCAGCAAACCUCAAUACAAACGACUCAAGAAUUGUUGCCAGAGUUCAUCUAAAUCUCAUACAUGGGGCAUGGUUAUUCUCACAGCAGGCUGGGAUGGACGGAUUCGAUCGUUCCAAAAUUACGGUUUGCCGGUAUGCCUCUGAGACAAUGAUAGUUAUAUAUAUAUAUAUAUACAUAUAGAUUCCUGAGGCUGUUAGAAAACUAGCUGAUAGUUGAGAAAAUGAAUCCCUUACAUAUAUUUGGAGGCUUUGUAAGGAGAAUGAGCAUUUGUUUAGAAAUGCUAUCUUCGUCUACCUAUGAUUUGCUAACUUAGUGCAGAAAUAGAUGAUGUAAAGAACAGAUCAGCUCAGGAUAUAUACAUAGAUAUAUAUAUAUGUGUAUGUAAAUAGACAUGAUCUAAAUUGAGUUAAUUGAGUAGAUGAUUGUUAGUUUUUUCUACUCAUUAAUAUUUGCAGGUCUGUAAUUUAUAGCAGU